AUGAUGGCGCAUUCUCAAUAUCUUCUUCACAUUCCAUUGUUAUCAUCUUUAUCUUCAUCUCUCACUUCCCCAACUCCCUCGCUUCCCGUUCGGACAUUACAAACCAAGACGCUGUCGUAUCACGUCCCUUCACACGGCACUUUUAAGUCCACCCCGUGGCACUUCAAACCUCUUAAUUUUGCUCUCUCUGGAGCCCUCUCAAUUGGGUUAUUAUUCGGAGGAAUUGGGGUGGCGGAGGCUGCAAAAGUUGGUGUGAACAAGCCGGAGUUGCUCCCCAAACAGUUUAGCACUGUCAUUGAUGUUGCUGGGUUCCUCUCUGAUGGACAGGAGAAAAGACUAGCAGCAGAGAUUGCUGCUCUUGAAGCAGAUACCGGAUUCAAGUUAAGGGUUUUGGCCCAGAACUAUCCUGAUACGCCAGGUUUGGCUGUCAAAGAUUUCUGGCAGGUAGAUGACAGAACAGUUGUCUUUGUUGCCGAUCCCACAUUUGGUAAUAUAUUGAAUUUCAACGUUGGUGCUUCGGUUGAUUUGGACAUCCCACGUAGUUUUUGGAGUCGCUUGGCUGGGAAAUAUGGGAACAUUUUCUAUUGGAAAGAAAAGGGGGAAGAUGCAUCUAUUGAAGCAGCGGUAAUGGCAAUUUCUAAUUGCCUGAGAGAACCAGUUGGGCCUAAUAAUUGUUCUGAGGUGAAUUAA